AUGGUUGAGCAUCAUCCCGUACAUAACAGCGAGGUCUAUCUAUUAGGAUUGUCUCCUCGCCCAACGGUGCCUCCACCGUCUCCCCCCUCUCCUUUAACACCAACCGCCGUCGAACCCAGCACCCCGAUCGAACAGCUAUGUCUGGAUGACGUCGAGGACCCUGAAAAUGUACCGGAAGCAAGUACCCGACCGGAAGCAAGUACCCUUGCGAAACAGCGGAUAACAGGGGCUGUUCAUGUGCUGAACACGGAGGCGACAGCUCUACGGAGCUUGACACACGUGUACAAGACCGAUACGAUAGCGGCAGAUGGCUUCAAUGCGGCGGUGGAAGUCAUAGUACGGCAAAGCGGCGAUAGGGGCAAACUGGUCAUCAUCGGCGUUGGCAAAUCGGGGCACAUUGGCAAGAAGUUGGUGGCGACAUUCAACAGCCUCGGACUGCAUGCGACGUUUCUGCACCCGACGGAAGCGCUGCACGGCGAUCUCGGCAAGAUCCGGAAGCACGAUGUCGUUCUUUUCAUCACAUUUUCGGGCAUGACACCGGAACUCCUUGCGCUCCUGCCACACAUCGACCCGGCUCUGCCGACAAUCGUGCUCACCUCGCACGCACAGCCACUAGGCUGUGAACUCAUCCGUCAACGCCCGACCGCUAUCCUGCUCCCGGCGCCGAUCCACGAGCCCGAGACCGUCUCCUUCGGCGUCUCGGCGCCGACUACAUCUACGACCGUGGCCCUAGCGCUAGGCGAUGCCCUGGCUGUCGUCGUGUCGCAGGAGCUGCACCCGAGCGUGUCUUCCGUUUUCUCCCAAAACCACCCGGGCGGGGCCAUCGGCGCUUCGUUCAGCAAACCGAGUAAGAUUGGCCAUUUGGCCGUGCCGCUCUGCGAGAUCCCAGUCUGCGCCACGUCAUUAGACGGGGUGCUCUGCGCGGAAAUCCUUAAAACAGGCUAUGAGUCGCCCUCCGGAUGGGUCCGCGUCAGCGACUCGCUGGCUAGUCCCGGUCGCAUACGGCGGCUCGAUGCGGCAGAGCUGACGCGGGCCGCCUCCGACGUGGCGGACUUUCUGGUUGAGCGCAGCGAGUGGAUCUCUAUUGAUACCCACACCAGAAUAUCGCAGGCUGCUGGCUGGAUCAGGGACCCGUUCAUGUCAUUGCCUGGAUAUGGCGAGACGAUUUACAAUGAAGACUCUGUGCUGGCAGUCAUGGAGAAUGGGGAAGUUGUGGGCGUGCUAGAGGCCAGGCAGGUGUUGGGGUGGCUGGAAUGA